AUGGCUUGGAACGGCCCCCCUAACUUCAAUCACGCAUCCGUCCCUUUCUGGGACUUCAUGGCGGCCCUAGACCCCAGCCACGCUCGCGGCGCUGGUGUCGACCACACUGGCCCUGAGUUCCCCGGCAUGAAUUUCGGACCCGGCUUCCCCUUCGGCCCAGGCGGCUUCGAGGGAUGGGGUCGUCGACGCGGCGGAGGACCAUGGCGCCACUGGGGUGGUGAGGACUGGGCUGAGGGCCCAUGGGGCCGUCGAGGCUCCUGCAGGGGCAGACGCUUCCGCCGAGGCUUCCCUGGCGGCGCCCCUGGCUCUGGCGAUGAGGAGCAGCCUCCUCAAUAUACCGACGAGGAGCGUGCUGCUGCCACUGGCGGCGAGGAAAACGACAAGGAGAUGGGCGGCAUGAGCGGCAACGAGAAGCAGGACUCGCCCGCCACCCUGCGCGACGAGACGGCCGACCCGCCUGAGGAGAUCCCCGACCCGCGUGAGCACCGACGUGGCCAUCACCACGGCCGCCAUGGUGGCGGUCCCGGCCGUCGUGGACGUGGAGGCUUUGGCUUCCGCGGCGAGCACCCUCAUGGACCACCACACCACGGACCUGGCUUUGGCCCUGGUCCCUUCGGUCGUGGCCCUCAUCACCACCACGGCCCGCCGCCGCCUCCUCCCUUUGGUGGCCCUCAUGGACCCCAUGGCGCUGGCUUUCCCUUCGACUUCACGCCUCUAAUCCAGGCUUUCGCUAGCCACCCAUACGCACAACAGGUGCGCGAGUACCUCGAGCGGGCUCAGAACGCCACCGGCAACGACACAACCAACGACCGUGCCGCAGCCGAGAACGAGGAGAGCAACGAUUCCUCCGACGAGGACGUCGAGUCCUUCGCGCCGCCCGUCGACAUUUUCGAGACGGCCACGUCGUGGGUGCUGCACGUAGCGGUACCAGGCGCCAAGAAGCAGGACGUGGGCGUCAACUGGGACGCGGACAAGAGCGUGCUGGGCGUCAGCGGCGUGGUCUACCGGCCCGGCGACGAGGCCUUCCUCCAGGGCUUGGUGAGCGGCGAGCGUCGCGUCGGCCUGUUCGCGCGCGACGUGCGCCUGCCGCCCGAGGGCAGCGAGACCAAGGACGAGGUCGACAGCGAGGGCAUCGCGGCCAAGAUGGAGGACGGCGUGCUGGUCGUCACGGUGCCCAAGGUCGAGAAGGAGUGGACCGAGGUCCGCAAGGUGGACAUUGAGUAA